CAAAGAACAGAGAAUUAACGGUGUUCCAUCCAAGCGUGUCGAGACCCAGUACGAAAAGCAUUCAAAAUAAAAGCGGCGUUUAAUAUGGGAAGGUGACAGCGUUGUACCAACAGAAAUGACCAAUCGUUAUGUUUUUAGGAACCGUAGACUCAGAUCUAGGGACGAAUAAAGAAGGCAGUAGAAUACUUGAAAUAGAGCAUUUAAUCGUGCUAUUGGCUAGCGCAGUGUCACUCGUCACUUUAUUAUCAUUAUGUGGAUGGUGCAAGACACUUUUGGAGAAGGCAAAAGGAGACAACAUCAAUGCUAGGAAUAACACAAGGCUGAUCCUUGAUCAACCAGCAAUCUCACCAAAGAAUAAAAGAUCUUCGUUAUUAUCAAGCCCACUUUGUUCAUCGUCCGAAGAUAGUCUAUCUAGGAUAUCAUCCCCGGGCAACAAGCGAAGGACAAUCCUUUUUCCAGCUCCCCCUGAAGUUGGAGUAGAUGUGCUAGCAAUACAACCUGACAAGAACUCCCCCCUUGACGUUAUAAUCCCACCUGAACCCGCUUUGCCAGAUCCCACACGCAAGGAGUAUUUAGGUCAGAUAUUUUUCUCGUUGAAAUACGAUGCACAGACUAUGACUUUGGGCGUGAAAAUUAUGAAAGCGACAAAGUUACCGGCAAAAGAUUUCAGCGGUACGAGCGAUCCUUUCGUCAAGAUCUUCUUGAUGCCGGACAAGAAAAAUAAAUUGGAAACGAGAGUCAAAAGAAAGAAUCUCAAUCCAGUUUGGAACGAGUACUUUAUGUUUGAAGGUUUUCCCUACAAUAAAUUAAUGCAAAGGACAUUGUGUUUGCAAGUGUUAGACUACGAUCGUUUCUCCAGAAAUGACCCUAUAGGAAACGUGCAGGUCUCAUUGGAGAAUUUAAAUUUAGGCCCGGAACCAAUAAUAUUGAGUAAGGAGCUCCAACCUUCCUCUAAAACGGAAUAUCUGGGAGAUCUACUGUUAUCAAUGUGCUAUCAUCCAACAGCUGGUAGGAUAAACGUGUUGGUGAUGAAAGCAAGUCAACUGAAGGCAAUGGACAUUACUGGCAAGACAGAUCCCUAUGUGAAGAUUUACUUUAUGCAAGGAGGUCGUCGUUUAGAGAAGAAAAAAACGACGAUAAAAAAACGGAACAGAGACCCGGUAUGGAACGAGUCGUUCAUCUUUAACGUAACAGUGGAGAAGUUACGAGAAACUAGCUUUAAUUUCAUCGUAAUGGACUUUGAUAGAAUCACUCAGAACGAGGCAAUUGGACAGGUGACAUUAAGUUAUAGGUCAACAGGAGCUUCGCUACAUCAUUGGACCGAAAUGAUGAACAACCCGCGUCGCCCGAUUGCACAAUGGCAUAAAAUUCAAGAACGCUGAAACGCGCUAAGUUCUUGCGAGGUCAAAAAAACAAAAAGUCAGAUAUGUAAUUAUGAUAUCAGAAUUGACCAAAGUCGCCUACUUAUUAAAGGUUAUAAGACAAAAUUAAUUAUUUGAAUUUUAAAGUGUUAAUGCUUUUUCUUGUCAAAGUGUUGUUCGAAGUCCAGAAACCCGUGCAAAGCUAUGGAACAUUCACAAAAAUUUAAAAAUUAAAUAUUUUGUUAAAUAUUUCAAUUAGUCUGAUCAUUUUUCCACUUCGUGGUGCAAAAAAAAUCAACCAACGGCACUUAUACAGUAUAUCAAUACAUUACUUUUCGUGUAAGCCUGUACAAUUUUAGUUUCAACAGUAAUUCUUUAAGUGUAUAUAUGAAUUACUACAAAUCCAACUGUUUAAAUUUAAUUAUUAAUUAUUUAAGUUAUUUUUUAACACCAAUAUAACAUUUCAAAAGUUAA